CGAAUCUCUUCAACUUAACGUCUCAAGGCCUGGGCAAGCUUUGCCGAUGCCGACCAGAAAGAAACAUAAGAUGCCACCUGUGGAGAGAACUGGGGGAAGGCAGACUCGUCAAAAUGCCUCCUCCCCGAGCAAGAAGAAUAGAUUGUUCCGUUGCCAAUUUUGUGCUAGAGAAUUCCAACGGAACGAGCACCUGCAACGACAUGAACGGCUACACACGAAGGAAAAACCCUUUGGUUGUACUGCCUGCCCAGAAACUUUUACCCGAAGUGACCUCCUCGCACGUCACCUACGCCUCUGCCAUCCUGCUACUUCGACAACCGCCCAUGGCUCUGGGACUCCUUUGAAUCAUCGCCGCAAAUCGCCGGAGCAUUCUGGUUAUGCUCUCCAUGGCGCAGAAAGCACACCGCACCAUACCCAUACAGGACAAGACACGGCCCUCACUGUCAACGACGAUUCAGGUCAUUCUUCGUCCAUGCUACCAACCCCCGACACAUGCUUGGUUCCUGUCUCAGAUGCAUUCACCUCAAGUCUAUCCAGAACUGAUACGGAUAAUUCAGCCGCAAUGUCCGUAGAGGCUCCUGUCAGCUCGUCACAGGCACUGUGGGACCAGUCGGCCCCCAAUUUUGGAGAUUUCACUCACAUCCUUGACAAUAUGACUGUACCAUCACCAUUGAUCUAUGGCCAGCCAGCCUUGCCACUGCCAACAUUCUCCCUAAUUGAUGAGCCGGGUCCUCAGCCUUCCGGUAUUCGUUGGCAACUUCCCAGUACUACUUCAUCUGAUGUAGCCCCAGUUCGUCCACAAGUCCCGAAUUUAUUUGAUGAAUUCUCGUCGACAUUUCCCUCAUUUGAUAUAUCGCCGUCGGUGAAAACUUACAAGGAUCCAUGGCACAUCACGCAACAGCACUGGGACAAAGUCUUUGCACAAAUUCAAGUCUUUAGUCCUCUCAUUCCGCCGGAAUUUGUGCUUCAGUCACGCCAUACUUUGACCCGUUAUCUCGGGACAUACUUCUCGGGAUUCCACCGCCAUUUGCCCUUUCUUCACAUCCCUACAUUUUCACUGGAAAGGUGCCCAGUUGAAUUACUACUAGCUAUGGCGGUUAUUGGAGCCCAGUCUAAUUUCGAACAUGAUAAUGCGAGAAUGCUGUUCGAAACGUCUUAUGCCAUAGUCCAAGAACGUCUGCGUAAUCGCAAAGCCGAGCUUCGUCAUAGGUCAUUUCCAAUGGAAGAUGAGGCACCGACCGAAUUGCAACCCGGCCAGCCUUGGAUGGAACGCUCUUUCUCUGUACCAGAACUCCCGUCAGACUCGACUGCGGGCCAGGCCUGCAUCCCUCAAUUCCAGCCACUGCCUGCUGCACAGACACUGCUCUUGCUUAUGGCAAUGGCAACGUGGGGGAAUUCAAAAGCCAUCUACAACAAAGCUUUUGGUCUACAGAACACGAUAGUCAACCUUGUGCGAGAGGAAGAAUUUCUGAAGGUGCAAACCCGGACACAGGAAGGCAUUACCUGGGCUCAAUGGGUUCAAAUUGAAGGCUUCAAGAGGACAAUCGCUAUCAUAUACUGUUUUUUAAAUUUCCACACAAUAGCGAAUGACACCCCUCCUCCUAUUCGAACCUCAGAACUUAAUAUCGAUCUUCCUUCGCGCGAAGCUGAUUGGGCGGCCCGAACCGAGAAGGAGUGGCAGGAACUCCGGGCUAGAUCCGAACCUGAGCCACAAUUUCAAUCCUAUUUCUCAAACCUCUUCUUAGAGCCCAAGGAAGACAACGAAAUUCUCAAGGGAUAUUCCUCACUCGGUGGAUACACCCUAAUAUUGGCCUUGAUUCAACACAUCUACUUCCUACGCGAGUUGAGCAAAUGCAGACCUGGCUCAGAACAGAGCCUGUCUCCUCCAGAUGCCGCCAGUGUGGAGCAAGCACUGAAGAACUGGCAGAAUGGAUGGUAUAAAGACCCAGAAUCAUCCCUUCGUCCUGGGAGUCCACAUGGCCCGAUUUCCUUCAACUCGACAGCUUUGCUUCGAAUGGCCUAUAUUCGGUUGGUUGUUGAUGUAGGUCCGUGGCGCGCGCUCAACACCCAUAAUCCCUACGAAAUUGCGAUGUCUAUACACCAAAGUCCGCCCCUAACACCGUCUCCUAAACUAGCACGCGCAGUGCUAUACGCUGCGCAUGCACUCAGCAUUCCAGUCAAGAUUGGUGUUAGCAUCGUCACACGGAGUCAGGCUUUUAGAUGGUCCCUUCAGCAUUCGCUCUGUGCCCUUGAGUGCGCUUUCGUGGUUAGCAAGUGGUUGUUUGCUAUACAAAAUCGCCUGGCCGAGGCGCCCCUCGAUAAGGAGGAAGCAACGUUGAUCGCUUACCUCGAUGAUAUUGUAACAGAAGCAGACCCUGCAACUUGUUUGGUGAGAGGGAGCGGGAAGGCACCUCACCUUUUUGAACUAUGUGUUCGGGUCAUUAAGCUUUGGGCAAAACUUCUGAGUGGAGAAGCACAUUGGGAUGUAGUACGCAUGAUUGGGAAGGUGUUAGAAGCAUAUGGCUACAUCCUAGAGAACGAGCUCUUAAUGUAA